GCCACAGAUGCUAAAUUUGGUACCUGGCAAUUCACCGCCUUUACCUAGCUAAUUUUUUUCUGCUAUUCGGACGGCAGAAUUUCUUCUGCCUUCAUUAUGAAAAUAAACGGGUACUAGACAACCUUUUCGCGGAUUCAACCCAACCGAAUCAACGAUGUCGACCCCACGACCAGAGUUCCUCAAGUUUACAGGCCACAAAUCAUUUACACAGCGUCUGGUAUUAUCGACAUUAACAGGCCGGCCUAUACACAUAUCCAAAAUCCGUUCCAAUUCCCCCACCAAUCCCGGCCUCGCCCCGCAUGAGGUUUCCUUCCUCCGUCUACUCGAAGCUGUCACCAAUGGCAGCUCUAUGCAAAUAUCCUACACCGGUACGACGAUAACGUAUCAACCUGGUUUAAUCACAGGUGCUAUACCAGGCUUUGGCGCUUCAGAUGGCGAUAUCCUCGAACACCAGCUACCCGCCGCCUGCACGCGAGGCGUCACCUACUUCCUCCUACCUCUAUGUCUCCUUGCCCCGUUCUCGAAAUCGCAUAUGAACGUUCGAUUCUCGGGACCAGGCGUCAUCACAUCAUCCACCGAGACAGGUGAUCUUUCAGUCGACUCCUUCCGCACAGCCAUUUUACCACUAUACAACCUCUUCGGCAUUCCCGCGGCGCGGAUAGAGCUACGAGUUCUCCAGAGAUCAUGCAGCGGGCCCCAUGGUAGCGGUGGCGCAGGUGUUGUCGAACUCAGAUUUGCGAGCCAGGUCCGGUUGCCCAAGACAUUACAUCUAAACAGAAGCCCCGGUAGGAUAAAAAGAAUACGAGGUGUCGCAUAUGCGACAGGUGUGUCGGCGUCGAAUAAUGCUCGUAUGAUACAUUCCGCGCGAGAAAUACUUAACCCCUUCGUCUCGGACAUACACAUUGCUGCACAAUACGAUCAGGCGCCUUUGAUUUCCGAUGGGGCGGAAAAGUCCGGUAGCAAGAAAAGGAUGGGAAUCGGCUUUGGCCUGAGCUUAGUUGCAGAGUCGAGCGCUAUAGGCGUGCUAUAUUCGGCAGAUGUGGUGGUGCCGCCGAAAGGAGGCAUAGUUCCGGAGGAUAUCGGAAAGAGAUGCGCAUACCAACUCCUAGAAGCUAUAAAUCUAGGAGGUUGUGUUAGCGGAGCAGCAGCAGGGACCGUUUUAACACUGAUGGCUAUGGGAUCUGAAGAUGUUGGACGCUUACGUCUUGGGAGAGACGUCAUGGGCACAGAACAAGUAAUAGGACUCGCACGAGAUCUUAGGAAGUUUGGAUCUAGUAGUUGGGGGUUGCGGGAUGUUGAAGACGACGACACGGGCGAUAUUAUAGUCUCGGUGAAGGGGACUGGAGUCGGUAACGUAGGAAGGAAGAUUGCGUAAUAAUAUGAUAUCCUUUUAAAUUU